AUGUCCGACACGCGAUCUCUCCCUACAAAGAGAAAUCCUCUCAUUGCGCCCGGCGUUGCGCCUACUUAUGAAGACUUGAUCAAUCGCAGGGGGUUGGGAAAGACCAAGCUAACAGUCAAGCCCGGUCAAGUUGGAACGUCCAACGCGACCAAGGCAUCAAACCUGGGUCCCUUUGAAUAUGCGCAUCUACGAGCACCUCUUCCAGAAGACCUGACCGGUUCCGAGAUAUUUGCAUCUCGGUCUAAUCAGGCUCACCCAGAGACUUACUUCUUGAUGAGGAGAAGCAAGGACGGCUUCGUGUCUGCUACUGGCAUGUUCAAAAUCGCGUUUCCCUGGGCUGCUCACGCCGAAGAAAAGGAGGAACGCGACUAUCUCAAGAGUCUGGAUGCUACCAGUCAGGAUGAGGUGGCAGGUAAUGUCUGGGUAGCCCCAGUUUUCGCCCUUGAAUUAGCAGAAGCAUAUGGUCUCACCGACUGGAUCAAAGCACUGCUUGACCCGGCGGACAUCUCACAGACCCCUUCAAGUGCAAAGAAGUCAAUUGCUCCGCCACCGAGAUUCGAUCUCCCAUCAGACAAGACAAGGCUACCAGCCCCUACCACAAAAACCCCUCGAUCACGGUCGACGAGGUCUUCAUCGCCGACUAAGGCAGUUGCUACUCCAGCCAAAGCUUCCCCUCGAAAGCGACAAACCAAGGCCCAGAAAGAAGCCAACAUUGCGCAUGCCAACGCAGCUAGUGCAUCGCUUCAGUCGGCUCUCGACGAUGCUGCGUCAGUUGCUGAGACGGAAGGCAAACCCGAGGUCGAUACUGCAUCACCAGCGCCCGAAUUACCGUCCGCUGCCGACGACGAGAAGGUGCGGGUCGAAGUUGAUCAAUCGGUCGAGGUCAAGGGGAACACUGAGGUCACGCACACCAGUGUCAUUGUGGAGAUGCCGGUGGGUUUACCAGAACUGCCUUUACCCGAAGACACCGAGAAAAUGCUCGAAACUGCCAAAAAGAUGGUUGAAGAGGCCAAGGCAUUGGAAAGCUCACCCAAAUUAUCGAGGAAACGAAAAGUGCAGGACCCUGAGCCAUCCGAUAUCGACGCGGAAUUGCCAGUGCAACCAGCGAAGAAGGCUAAAGUGUUGGAGGAGAAAUUGAAGAGAGAAAAGGUCAGGACGCGGGCAGUCUUGGGAGUCACAGCCACCCUGGCUAUCGCGUAA